UUGGAGUUUGGUCCUCAGUCUUCUCUCUGAUUCUAUGAAGGAGCUCGAGGCUCGAGAUGAUCGCUUUCAAGCUUCUCUCUGAUUAAACCAUUAAACGCAGUAUGCUGCGCUUAUCAAUAUAAUAAUUGAUACUACUUUGGUGAGUAAACCUUGAGAAUUUUCCUGACACGAUGUCGCAGCGAUCCAGGUACUUUGUGAAUGAGUAUUGUGCGCGUGAGGAGGAGAUCGCCAACUGCGCGACAUCAAUGCGGCGUGAAAUCAAUCACAGUCAGAAUGCCGCUAAGAAAAAUCUACAUAAGAUUCUGCAGCGUAUCGUUGACAAGGAGCCGCCCGAACGUGCGGAAACGGAUGGUGGUCUGUACGUUGGCGCAUCCGGCAUCUCUUACGCGUUUCUGCGACUUGCUAAACAUGCUCUAUUGGAAGCCGAGGCUGACAAGUAUCUGUCAUCGGCCGAGCGUUAUCUGCGUUCGUCUCUGGCGAUGGUGCAACGUCGUGGGGGACGCUCCAGCCCUGGCUUUCUUUUGGGAGAUUGGGGCAUCCUAGCAGUAGGUGCAGUCCUUGCAACUGUUCGAGGAGAUGAAAAGACUGCUAAUGAAUUUGUGACACGCUACGCAGAAUCGGCAGAACGCUGUAAGGAAGUAAACUUUCUGAAAUGCGGAUCGGAUGAGUUCUUUGUUGGUCGCGCUGGCUUUUUGUAUGGAGCAUUAUGGCUGAACCGCACGAUGCAAAAAGUUGUCGUGCCAUUCGACGCAAUGCAUGAAAUUGCGCGAACGAUCGUCGUCUCAGGGAAGAUGUAUGCGCGAGUGCAUAACAGUCCAUGUCCAUUAAUGUAUGCAUAUUAUGGCACGGAAUAUCUAGGUGCAGCACAUGGACUCUGUGCAAUUUUACAAGUUCUUAUACAGGUGCCAUCAUUCUUAGAUAACAAUGCCGACAUUGAUAGCACUACACGAACUUGUGUAGAUUAUUUCUUGAGUUUACAAACACCUACUGGUAAUUUUCCAUGCGCGAUGGAUGAAAUAGAUCGUUCUGGACGAAGUCGCAGAAAUAGUGACGAUGAGUUAGUGCAUUGGUGUCACGGUGCUCCUGGCGUCAUUUACAUGAUGGCGGCGGCAUACCUGCGCUGGAAGGAUCAGCGUUAUCUGAACUCAUGCGUACUCGCUGGUGAUCUUGUCUGGCGCAAAGGACUCCUGCGUAAAGGACCUGGGAUUUGUCACGGUGUAGCCGGCAACGGUUACGUCUUUCUUCUUCUAUACAGACUUACUGGCAAUGAAAUUUACCUCUAUCGAGCCGCCAAAUUUGCGGACUUUAUGAACUCGUCACAGUUUCAGUCAGAUGCACGUGUACCUGAUUCACCGUAUUCCCUUUACGAAGGUAUUGCCGGCACUGCCUGUUUUCUUGCUGAUCUUAUCGAACCAGAUAAAGCACAUUUCCCUUUCCAAGAUGUGUUCUGAGAUUAAAUACUAAUAGAAUAUCAAGUAAGAAUUUUGUUCUUCACUUUUUUCGCAGCUUGAAUUCAUCUAUCUAUAUAUUUGGAUUUUAAUCUAUGCAUUACAUUAACAUAUUGUAAUUUUAUUCAAUUAUGUUUUCAAUGA